AUCCAACUUGCCACUGGCUCCCAACGAAACGGCAGACUCGAGCUCCGUUUUACGAAGACCUCGACAGCUUCCCGCCCGGAAGACGCAUCGCCGCAUCUGCACGCGCAACCCUCACUCACCCACCCUCCAAAGAGCACCGCCACAGCAACCACACACAUUCCAAAAUGGCCACCGUCACGGAAAUCACGAGCGACGCCGACUUCGCAGCACACGUGGCGAGCGUGCCGUCAGACGCGCUGCUCGUAGUGUACUUCCACGCGCCAUGGGCCGCGCCCUGCAAGCAGAUGACGACGGUGCUGACGGCGCUCGCGAGCACGUACCCAGCGAGCACGCCGGCCGCGGUCGUGUUCGUGGCCGUCAACGCCGAGGAGCUGCCCGACGUGUCCGAAGCCUACGACGUCACGGCCGUGCCGUACAUAGUGCUGCAGCGCGGCGGGCAGACGGUGGAGACGGUGUCCGGGUCGGACGCGGGCAAGGUGCGCGCCGCGGUCGAGAAGCACGCGGGCAAGGCGGGCAACCCGGGCAAGCUGGGGCUGCCGCCGCCACAGGCCGUGACCAAGCCCGCGGGGACGCAGCAGGACGCCAACGGCGACGCUGCUGCUGCGGGGCAGAGUGCUGGUGCGGCGAAGAACCUCAGCGCCUACGCGCCUGCCGAGGGCGACCCCGCUACCGCGCCCGAGUUUAGCGCCGGCGAGCAGCAGGCUAGCAAGGAGGAGCUGUUUGCGCGGCUGGACGGGCUCGUCAAGGCCGCCCCCGUCAUGCUGUUCAUGAAGGGCACGCCCAGCGCGCCCCAAUGCGGCUUCUCGCGGCAGACGGUCAGCAUGCUGCGCGAGAAGGGCAUCCGCUACGGCUUCUUCAACAUCCUCGCCGACGACGAGGUCCGCCAGGGCCUCAAGGAGUUUGCCGACUGGCCGACGUUCCCGCAGCUGUGGGCCGGCGGCGAGCUCGUGGGCGGCCUCGACAUCGUCCGCGAGGAGUUCGAAAACGACCCCGACUUCCUCAAAGACUACGCCGUGAGCGCCGCGCGCAACUCGGGCGGCCCCGCCUCUGCAGACCAGCAGGCCGCGCCCUCAUAA